AUGGCGUCCCAAUCUUCCCUGGACCCGCUGGACGUCCUGCAGGCCAUGGUCGACAACGUCCUGGUUCACACUGGUAAAGCCCUCAGGGCCUCGCGUAAAGAUGUUCAGGGCAAUGCGCAGUCAAGCCAAGCGACACUCAAGUCCAAGUUGCCUGAAUCUAUUGACGGCUUCCGAGAAGCCUUGCACAAGUUGGAAUGGGAUAUCGCGCAGAAGCAGCAACAGAGUCAACAGCUUCCAAAACAGCAACCUGUUCCAGCACCUCAGCCCGUUGAGUCUCAGUCCAAGUCGCCCAUGGUUAUUGACCUUGAGUCGUCACCGCCUCCGCCUCCUCAGGACCAGCCCAUGACGGAGCUCAAGGCCAACAAGCCAGUCGCCCCUUUUCCUGACAUGGGCAUGGGGCUCCCCGAUAUCGGUCAGUCCGACCCGGUGAUGAAGGAUGAAGCCAGUCAAAACAUGGCACAAACUACAGCGCCCGAGCAACCCAAGAUAAAACCCAGCGCCUCUCCGGCGCCAGCCGUAACUGCUGCCAUGGCCCCUAUGGCCCCAAUGCCGGUCAUGGAGCAAAAGUCACUGGAUAACCAGAACAGUGACGUGAUGGACCUUACGGCUGAUGGACCUCACUCAGAACUUAAUUUUACAAAUAUGCAGUUUACUUUGGCUCCGACGAACAACGACUCACAAGAUCCAUCCACCACUCAGGAGACGUUUUGCCUACUAGCUCUGGUGCGAAUGCAGUCAAGCAGGAGCCUGCCGUGA